AUGGGAAACAACCUUCCAAAUCUACAGUUCUUCCUUGCAGAUUUCAAUCAAUUCCAUGGUCCUAUUCCUUCCUCUUUGUGCAAUGCCUCUAUGAUUCAAAUGAUUCAGCUCCUUCAUAACUCCCUAACAGGAACAAUUCCCAGUUGCCUAGGAAUUCACUUGGCGAGCUUGUCCGCAUUAACCAUUGCCGAAAACCAUAUUCAAGCAACACAAGAUGCCGACUGGGGCUUCUUGUCCAGCCUAAGCAAUUGUAGUAAUUUGCAACUGUUGGAUUUGGGUAACAACAUGCUUGAAGGUGAAAUACCGAGUUCAGUAGGCACCUUCUCCACAAAUCUAGAGUUUCUGAGCAUGGGAUCUAACAGCAUAACGGGAAAGAUUCCUGGAGCAAUAGCAAACUUGACCAAUCUGCAAACACUUAUUCUGGAAGGUAAUCAUUUAGAGGGUACUAUUCCAACCUCUCUUGGCAAAAUGAAGGGACUAAAUUCGUUAAUACUUGGAACGAAUGAACUAUCAGGAUCCAUCCCUCUAACAUUUGGCAAUCUUACCCAACUAAGCCUGCUUCAUCUUGGUGACAACAUGCUUAGUGGAAGCAUACCUUCUAGUCUUAUAGGAUGUCCAUUACAAGAACUAGACCUUUCAAACAACAGCCUUGUUGGUCCAAUACCUAGGGACUUAUUCCUCAUAAACACAUUGUCCAUCUAUGUGAAUAUCCAAAAUAAUCUAUUAACCGGAGGUUUGCCUAUAGAAUUAGGUAACCUAAAGAAUAUUGGGGAACUUGAUUUCUCCGGUAAUCUAAUAUCUGGAGAGAUUCCGAUCUCACUUGGAGACUGUCAGUCAUUACAGUAUCUGAAUGUAUCCCGGAACAAGCUUCAAGGGACAAUUCCGUCGUCAAUCAUGCAGAUGAAAGCCCUACUGAUGCUUGAUCUUUCAUAUAAUAAUCUCUCAGGGAACAUUCCUGUGUUCCUCGGGGGCAUGAAAGGGCUAGCUGGUUUGAAUCUCUCAUUCAACAACUUGGAGGGUGAGGUUCCAACAGAUGGGAUCUUCAGCAACGCAGCUUCUGCCUCAGCCUCAGUUAUGGGAAAUGAUGGUCUGUGUAAUGGAAUCCCUCAACUGAAACUGCCACACUGUUCCAACCUCACCACCAAGAAACCAACUCAGAAGCUGGCCAUAAUAUUCUCCAUAUGUGGUGCAGUUGUAUUUAUUGCAUUGGUAUUUGCACUGUCGACAUUCUACAGUAAGAGCAGGAAGAUGAAAGCAAACAUGCAGACAUCAUCCAUCGACGAGCAAUAUUUGAGGGUUUCUUAUGCUGAACUAGUCACUGCAACUAAUGGUUUUGCUUCAGAGAACCUCCUUGGUGCAGGAAGCUUCGGCUCGGUGUACAAGGGAACAAUGAGGAUAAAUGACCAGCAGGUGGUGAUUGCUGUGAAGGUGCUCAACCUCACGCAGCGAGGUGCAUCUCAAAGUUUUGUUGCAGAAUGUGAGACCCUGAAAUGCGUUCGACAUAGGAAUCUUAUGAAGAUAUUAACUGUGUGCUCGAGCAUUGAUUUUCAAAGCUGUGACUUCAAGGCCCUUGUGUACGAAUACUUACCAAAUGGAAAUUUAGAUGGAUGGGUACACCACCAUCCCAUGGAAGAUGGUGAAAAUAGGACACUACAUCUCCGUUUGAGGCUGCAGAUUGCAAUUGAUGUAGCAUCAUCACUCGAAUACCUCCAUCACCACAAGCCAAUCCCAAUUAUUCACUGUGAUCUUAAGCCAAGCAAUGUUCUCCUCGAUGGUGAAAUGGUUGCUCAUGUUGGUGAUUUCGGGCUUGCAAGGUUUCUACAUCAGGACUCGGAGAAAUCAACUGGUUGGGCAUCAAUGAGAGGCACAAUCGGCUAUGCUGCUCCAGAGUACGGACUAGGCAACGAAGUUUCAAUCCAUGGUGAUGUCUACAGCUACGGGAUAUUAUUGCUGGAGAUGUUCACUGGGAAAAGGCCAACGGACAGUGAAUUUGGAGAAUCCUUUGGCCUUCACAAGUAUGUGCAAAUGUCAUUGCCAGACAGGGCAGCAGAGGUCAUAGACCAAUACUUACUAGCAGAGAUAGAAGAUGGCGAAGAAAGCACCACAAACUCUGGCAGCACCAUGGAUCUCAGAAUUGCUUGCAUCACCUCCGCUUUGCACGUUGGAAUUUCGUGUUCACAGGAGACACCGACAAAUCGCAUCGAAAUCGGGGAAGCUCUGAAAGAGUUGCAGAUAAUAAGAGGCAGAUUUGACAAGGGGUUGCGCUUGGAAAUAGAACCCAUAAACUAA